AACAUUUUCCAAGAUGGCUUUUCAUGCUCUGCGAACCGGGACGCGACAAAAAGCUGCAAUACAACAGCUCAUCAAAUGUCAAUUAUGUCUAGCAUCAUCAGAGACAAAGACACCUGUACAAAGGGCUGGAUACAUAAACUGCCAAACUCAUCAACAGCAGGUUCGACAUAUGUCUGGUCAACCACCAAACUUUUUCAAAAAUGUCUGGAAUGAAAUAAAAGAAGGUUUUCAGAAAGAUCAAGAGAUGAAGAAAAACUUGAAAAAAUUUAGAGAAGAAACAAAGAAGUUAGAAGAAUCAGAUGCACUGCAAAAGGCAAAAGAAAAAUACAUUAACAUCCAGAAAGAAACAGGCGAAGAAUUUGGGAAGAAGUUUGAUGAGGUCAAAGACAAGCUGAGUGGUACAUUGCAUGAAUUGUCUGAACAUGAAGUGGCAAAAAAAGGAAAGGAAUUCACGAAAGAAACAUUGAAGUCUGCUGGUAACUUGGCAGAAACUGUUUCAAAAGGUGUGUCAAAGGGUAGUCAACAAAUAGGUCAAUCAAAGCCUAUACAAACAAUAUCAGAGGCUGUGAAGAAUGAAUUAAAAGACAUAGAUACAACAAGAGCACAGUCUUACAAAAGACCAGAGGUUCUUCGAAUGCGAUCUGAAGAUUCUGUAAGCUUUAGGAGGAAAGACGAAGUGGAAGUUAACGAAGAAGACACUGGUAUUGUACUACACAAAGAUUCCAAAUUCUAUCAAAGUUGGACGAAUUUCAAGGAUAAUAAUCAGUAUAUUAACAAAAUGUUUGAGCUUAAGAUGAAAUAUGAUGAAAGUGAUAAUGUGAUGAUACGAGUUACACGGACUUUCACAGACAAAGUAGGCAGUUUACUAGGUGGUAUGUUUACAACAACAGAAAUGUCUGAAGUCUUAACAGAAAUCUGUAAAAUAGAUCCAACAUUUGACAAAGAAACCUUCAUCAAAAUGUGUCAAUUAGAUUUCAUUCCAAACAUCUUAGAAGCAACUCUUAGUGGUAACCUUGAAAUCUUAAAAGAUUGGUGCUUUGAAGGGGCUUUUAACACGUUAGCGCAUACUACUAAACAAAGGCAGGCUGUGGGCCUUAAAUUAGACCACAAAGUCCUGGACAUCAAUAACAUUGAGAUUGUUGGUGCGAAAAUGAUGGAACAGGGCCCAGUGCUUAUCAUUACCUUCCGCUCGCAAGAGAUACGGGUUGUCCGUGAUGUGAAGGGAAAGAUUGUAGAUGGAGAUCCAGACAAAGUUAACCGGAUCACAUAUGUGUGGGCUUUGUGUAGGGAUCAAGAGGAGUAUAGUCCAAGAGCUGCAUGGAAAUUACUGGACGUGUCCGAACAGAUCGGAGAAAUGUGGCUUUGAUUCUUCUUGGGUUAUUUUUGAGACGUUGAAGACAUCAAAAAUUUUAAAUGCUAAACAUAACAAAAAACAUUAUAAUGGAUGUCUAAAAGACAUCCCAAAUUAUUGAAAUCUAAAACCAUGGUACCAGAUUUAGAAGUGCUGCUGUUCUUGCCUGUAAAUGGGUUUCAAGUCCUGUGGAGUACCUAGCUAACCCAAAGAGUUAAAUUUUGAAUAUUUGCAAGAGUGGAGUUUGCUGCAAUUCAAAAUGUUCAGUUUGGACCAUCAUCCAGAUAAUCUGACUGUGAUAUUUCUGCAUAUAAUGAAUUUUGCAGUUUGGAGAAACACUAUGUAGAAAAAUGAUAUAACAGGUUUUUUUCUGCAAGAAUUCACCAUGCAAGCUACCUCAGCAUAUUCUGUGUUUAACAAUUAAUAUAAGAUAAGACUUCCAUUCUGCCACUCAAAGUAAAAUUUUCUAAUGUGGGAUAUAGCAUAGACAAAAAUGCUGAAACUCUAAAGGUUAUGAUACUGAAAGCUGUGUAGCUUGACUCCUGAAUGCUUAUACAGAUACUCCCUUUAUAGAUAAACUCCCUGCCCUCAAAAUCUGGAAAUAAUGGGUCUCGCAUGACACUAACAGAGGCAUUUUUUAUGACUAAGUCUUAAAAACUUGUGGUUCACAUUGAAGUGUUACCAUAACCCUGAUGCAAAAAUGAUGCAAGAUUGUCUGUGGAAGCCAUGAAAUGACCUAUGGUUUGCUGUUAUAAUCUUGUUUUCAAAAUAUCUAUUUUUAGUAAGUUUAUGCCGUCUUUAUAACAUCGUUUUUAUUACCACAGUCUACAGGCAG